UUUUAAUUAAGAAAGGAAUGUUGUAUAAGGCAUUUGUUGUGUUAUUAAUGUGACUCCCUUGUAUCUGAUUUGCGAUACUACCUGAGGUUAACAGAUACUUGAGUUCUUCAAGCUCUUCUGAUUGAAGAACUUGAGUUGAUAAUAACUCUUUGAAUUGGUGAACUAACUCAGGAAAUGAGCCAGAAAUAGGUGAAUGAUGCAGUUCAGGCGACUCCACAGGCUAUUGUUCAGGAAGUAGCUAUGUUUGAUCAAAUUCAAGCAAGAUCUCUGGAGAUAAUGCAGAGUUAAUGCUCUGUCCUAUUGACACAGGCUAUUGUGGGACUAGAGUCAGAUAUUUUGGAGGUCUUGGUACUGCAACCCCCAUUCAAGUCUCAGACGUGCCCAGUAACUCAUUGUGCGCCUAUCGAAUUUAUACUAGUGGGGAUAGUGUAGGAAAUGUAGAAGUUGCUGUCAGCGAACUGAGCAGUGGCUCUAUUACAGUGCUGAGAGGGAAGAAGAACGAAAAUGAGUAUAUUUAUAGCAGACGUAUGUUUAAAGGCAAUUCUAAGAACUUUACUAUGAAUGAAGACAAUAAUGUUUACAUUGUGUUCGUACCUUCAGCAGUCUCGAAUAAUGCAACUAUCAGACUUACUUCUUAUAGAGGCCCGCUAACGACUGCUGAGGUUAUUGCCAUUCUGGCUAUUGUAGGAAGCAUUUUAUUUUGUUGAUUCCUUGGUAUUGGCAUUGUGUUAUGGAAAUGUGUGUUCAAAAAGAGGAAGAACCAAGGCCACGUACACCAUCCGACACCACCUCCAGCCCCCACCAUCCCUGCUCCACCCCCAAUCAUCGAAACCCCAAUCAUCGAAGCCCCACCUCCUAUGCAACCUUCCAUCAUCGAGACCUCCCAGCGCUUCCCCCCUCCAGAUCCAAUCUACGACCAGCCAGUCUACGACCAGCCAGUUUACGGCCAUCCAGCCGCCUUCCCCAGCCAGCCAGGCCCACUAUACGGGCAGCCACAGUACGUUGACUCAGGAAUGGGAUCAAUGAAUCCGUACUUAAUGGCUCCUGAUGUGAGCUUGCCUCCGAUUACAGCACCUAUGGGACCAGGAGGUGACCCCUCUGCGCCUGUAAGCAAGCCUGAGGCUGUAUAGUAACAGGAGGGUUUUUGGAUUUUGAAAUUUUGAGAU